UGCACCUAGUUGUCCCAAUUAAGGCAUAGAGUGAGGGUUUUUAAUGGGGGUUACCACAGUAAACUUCAAGUCCAGGCAAGCCCGGACACGACUUGGGGAGAGACUAGCAGAGCGCUCGGGGUCCUCCUCCGGCGGAAGCCCCGCCCCUUCGAAACCCCCGGCGGCUUGGUAGUUUCCCAGGCGACGGCGACGCUGUGGUCGUGGAUGGGACCAUGACCUUUUUCCCGGAGCUUUACGUGAAGAAGAGGAAAUAUGACGGGCCAUCCUCCGCCCGUCUGGAUCAGUAUGGAUUACGGUUAGGGAUGUGGUACUGGAAAGAGGAAACCAAAACUCUGGAAUUUAAAAGUUUCACACCUGCUAUAGAAUUCAAGGAGAAAAGCAAGAAAGGGAAGGCAGUUCACUUUGCUGAGAUGGAUGGCGCGACAUCAGAAAGGCUGACAGAUAAAAGGUUUGCCUCCAGGGACGAAAAGUCAGUGAAGGCCUCGGAGAAAAAAAGCCAACAGGGCAAUGUCACGCUGGAGGACGUUAAGUUUGUGGCACUGUUUUUACUCCAGGACACUGAAAUGCAAAGGAUCUACUCUUUCACAACCUUUAUGAGGAAUAAGAAUCUUGACAGCUUCCUCAUGGCACUCUUGUACUAUAUGUCUUACUACUUGGAGAAAAUAGCAAUAGAAAAGAAGCCCCAAAGCUACAUGGUAGGCCUAGUAGAGAAGAAAGAGAUAGAGCUGGUUAUGAGCAAGUUAGAAGACGCACAGAAGUACCUGGCGCAGAAGUACUGUGUCCUGGUGCUGGGCGUCGGUAUGGCGGAUAAACAUCACAUGAACUGUGGCAAGGAGAAAAUCUCAGACACACAGAAAGACUGGAAAUUCUUUGAGUCCUUUUAUACUUUCUGUACGUGUGUAGCUUGGGUUGUCUUCCGACGUCAGUACCUAAGAGAGAUUGAGGAGGAAAUAGGGAGGCUUUUCCGUACCAAUAUGUUUAACAUUCCUCGAAGGAGGCACGAGGAUGAGGAAUCAGGAGGAGAGAAGAAGCGCAUGACGUUGGUGCAGUUCAGGAGAAUGAUGGCAAAACGUCCAGCAAUUAAAAAGGCCAUGGACAUGCGUUCCCCGGUCUUGUCAACACUGCUGCCGUCUCUCAGAGAAAAGGCGCAGCAUAUCGCUGAGAAAAAGUAUGUGGCAGGCAUCAAGCUCCCACCCCGAGUAAAGGGGGGCAUAGCAAAUCUGGAGUCUGUGCCUAUACCAGUAGUUGGCAUCUUGGGAGAGCCUCGGAAUCUGUUCAACCCUCAUACUCUCCUCCCCAGAGAGACAGAGGAAAAUGGAAAACAGGGCGGAAGAAGCGCUUCCAUAAUAGAGAGAAAUAACGCACAGGUUCAGGAAAAGCUGAACUUAGUCAUGGCAACACUGUCAUUGCAUAGCACCGGCCCUAAAUAACCCACUUUGUAUCAGUCCUUUAUUCAGAUCUCUGUAUUUGAAUUAAAUUACUCUGACUUAACACUUAGUUCAUACUGGAUUAAUAUUUAUCAUGAAAUAGCUGUUUGAAGGCACACGUCUUUAAUCCCAGCACUCAGGAGGCAGAGGAAGGUGGAUCUCUUUGAGUUCGAGGCCAGCUUGGUCUACAAAGCGAGUCCAGAACAGCCAAGGCUACACAGAGAAACCCUGUCUCAAAAAAUAGCUGUUUGAAUUGUUCACAAUUUUUUUUCUCAGCUAGUAAAAGCUAAUAACUUGUUUAUUAAAGAUUUUUA